AUGAGCUCCAGGAGCAUAAACAGUUGCUUGCUUCGUGUUAUUCAUCACCGUCAAUACGUCCACCGUGAUCGUGAGGGUGCCCAUUUACGUCUUAUGCAAGACUACUUCAACGACAAUCCGACGUACAGGCCUAUAUUUUUUCGACGUUGUUUUCAGAUGCAGAAGGAGUUGUUCUUGCGCAUCGUUGAGGCUGUUCAAUGUGAAGAUAUUUACUUCCAGAUGAGCCAUGAUGCACGAGGUCAAGACUCUCUCACACCUUUGCAGAAAUACACGGCGGUUAUCCGCCAAUUAGUCACCGGCAUCAGUGCGGAUACUUUCGAUGAGUAUCUCAAGGCGUGGCACGGCGCAUAUACACGCAGUGAUCAAGAGGAGCCCACCUUGAUCUUGGAGGUCGUUGCCUCCCACGAUCUGUGGAUUUGGCAUGCCUUCUUCAACGUCGCUGGUUCGAACGACAUCAACGUUCUGAACCAGUCACCUCUCUUCUCCGACGUGUUGGAUGGAACGGCUGCACCGGUGCUCUUUGAGGCUAAUCGACGCUACUACCAGAUGGACUACUAUUUGUGCGACGGCAUAUAUUCGAAGUGGCGCUGCUUCGUCAAGAGCCCGCCGAUGGCGACCAAUCUAAAGGAGGCGAGGUUCAAGAAGAUGCAAGAAUCGGCACGAAAUGAUGCCGAACGUGCCUUUGGAAUGCUUCAAGCUCGAUGGGGAAUCAUUCGAAGUCCGGCGCGAGGUUGGUACAUCAAGAAUCUCAAGGACAUGAUGAUGUGUUGCAUCAUUCUCCACAACAUGAUUGUGGAGAACGAAGGUGAUAGAGCUGCCCAUUGGAAAGAUGAUGAAGCAGGACACGGGGCGUCUAGCAGUGAUGCGACGGAGAGUGCUCGAGCAACCCCGAUUUGCUUCGAGGAAUACGUGCAAAGAGAUGUAAUUUUCCGAGAUAGGCAGAUGCAUGUUGUGCUCUAA